AAUCAGCUCGGUUCGGUUCUCCGCCCUGCGCCCUGAGCCUUCAUUUGCUGUCUACCCGUUGGAGAGAGUGGGUGCGCAAGCGGAAGGGAAGAGGGGCGCCAUGAGAUGAGACUGGAGCGAUAUUGAUGACGCUGGGGAGCUGCCUUUGCUACAGGAGAGUCAUACAGGGUUGGGAAGAUGCUGAAGGUGGGCUUGGUGAGAUGUUUGCAGCUGUGUGUCUCUGUGGCACUGGUGUCCAGGCUUGAAGGUAGGGUGUCGGCCCCGGCGAAGGUGGAGGCGGUGGUGGGCAAGACCUUCACCCUGACCUGCACGCUGGUGAAGAAGGGCUCGGGGGACUCCAUCUCACAGAUCCGCUGGAUCGACCCGCAGAACCAGACGCUGAUCGCCUACCAGCCGGGCCAGCCGGACAGCGUCAGCGGCCAGCAGCACGUGGAGCUGGUCCCGUCGCCCGGCGACACCAGCCACAUCGGCAUCAAGCGCGUUAGCUACCGUGACGAGGGAUGCUUCACGUGCAUCUUUGACGUUUACCCGUCGGGUUCGAGGGAGGGUACCACCUGUCUGACGGUCACAGGCGUGGUGACGCACGGUGGCAACAAGACGGCGGUGGGCGGCAAGAUGGCCUCCCUGAGUUGCCACUUCGGCCUGCCCGAGAAGGUGCAGCAGGUGCUAUGGCGACGCAGACUGGGGCCGUCGGAGUGGCGUGACGUGGUGACGUUUGCGCGCGAUGGCGAGCCCGAGGUCAAGGAGGAGUACGAGGACCGGGUGACGUUGACGUCGUCGCUGUCGGACUCGGAGCUGACCCUGAGGCCCGUGAGGGUGGAGGAUGAAGGCUGCUACGCCUGCGACUUCCACACCUACCCCGAGGGGACCAAGACCAGCACUGUCUGCCUCACCAUCUACGUCCUGCCAAAGCCCCAGAUCAGCUACAAGACCACGUCUCCCGGGGUGAUCGAGGCCAACUGCACGGCGGUGUCGCGGCCGCCCUCCGAGAUCGUGUGGAACGUGGAGGGCAACAACCGCACCGUGGGAGGCCCCACGACGGUCCACGUGCCCCUGGGCGACGGCACGACCCAGGUCAUCAGCACCCUGGUGGUGCAGUCGGGACUGCUGAAGGACGUGUCGGUCAAAUGCCUGGUGCAUCACAAAGGACUGGAGUCGGCCAUUGCGGUGUCCAUGAACACUAAAAUUGGGACUGCUCUCACCAUCCUGAUCUCCGUGACAACAGUAGCCUUCCUGUUGGUCCUGUCACUCUGCUUCUGCCUCUGGAAGUGCUUCUUACGCAAAGAUGUUGACUGACCUGCUUGGCCUGUUGACCUCAAGGACAGUGACCAGAGUAUUGGGACCUUCAGAUCUUGCAGAUCCCACCUGACCAACACUGCCAGAACUGUUACACUGCAUUUAGUCAUUUCAAAUUACAUUUAGUCUCUCUGUGUGUAUGUCAUGGAUUGAAGACCAAACAGUUACAUUACAAAGAUGGACAACGUGGAAGAAAAAGAAUAGUGAGGAAAACUAAAUGGCGGAGGGCAGAUAAGCCAAGGGAUCCACCCUUCUUUGCCAAGAAGAGGGGGGAAAACAGAGCCAUCCAUCUGGGAGAUGGUCUGUCCGAGAGAGGAACUGCUCCACUCAAACAUAAAUGGAAAACACUGACUGACCUCUUAACAUGGAAAGCUAACAUAAUAUUAUUACAAACAACCCAUCCAUCGUUUGUCUGUAAUUAUCAGUAUUUAUUUUUGGCCACUUGAGUGUUUUGAUAUGGUCCCUGGGAGAUCUGAUAUAAUACUGGUGGAUCUGUGGUUGGUAUUUUAGACAACGAUAAGUUGUUGUCAUUCUUUUCCUGAGCUAAAAAUGACACAGGACACUUUCAAGUGGCCCUUAAUAAGGGGGUUUAUGUGAAAAGGGGACAAAUAUUCCACACACCAUCCAUUACACAUGCAUUUUAUUGCUCAGAACAUUUUGGUCGCUCAGACUUUGAAUGCACCUGAAGAAGAUUUGUACUACCGGAACAUUGCAAGCAAUAAAUGGCGUGUGCAAUGGUAUAUGCCUACUUCUUUUAACCAUAACUUUGGUUACAUUGAAUGAACCCUCUUGAAUGGAGGUGUGCAGGAGCAUUCUACAUAUGGGAUUUAUGUGAGUAAAUAUACGCUUCUGUAACCAUUGUUACAAUACCUACCAAAGGAGUAUAACAAUGCUUCCUUCUUUAUAUUAAUAUAUCAUGCUUCCUCAUCUUAAUAUCUGCUAGUUGAAAGCCCUUAAGCUACAAAGACAUUUUUACAAGAUAUAAGUUGUAAUUGUAAUUGUUGUAAUUGUUAAUGCAAGCCUCUUUAGUUGUAUGUGAAGAGCAUAUAUUAUGUGACAGAAGUGCAUCGAUUGCAUAGCCUUUACAUACUUGUAUAUCCACUCCACACUCCUUUUCAGUGUAUGAAAGAAUAUAAUCUUUCUGGGAUGAUUGCAUCUUUGAGUGGUGUGUGUGUGUGUG